AUGGUAUUGUUCGUCAAGAAAUCAACCAAACUUCUUAGAACAUCGAACCCAAAACUGGAUCAAUCUGAAUCAAAAGCUCUGAAAUGUUUCCAAUCAUACUUAUCAGAGAGCCUCAAUCGAUUGCUCUCUGAUAAAAGACAUGGAUCACUUUCUCUCUCCUGGUUCAUCCCCUGUUUCAAUUUCUUACAGGAGAUAAACAGAGCAUUCACAAAAUUGGUGAAAGAUUUAGACCACCCAUUUACCAAAUGGAAGGGAGAUUUGGCAGAAGAUUAUCUUUCACACAGUUUAAACAUUUUAGAUGCUUUAAAUUCAAUCAGUUCAUCCAUUUCUCAUCUGGGUAACUCUCGACUCACUCUCUGUCAUGCGGUGAGUUUAAUCCCUAAUUCGUCUUCUUCAGCUCUUCAUCACUUGAAACCAAUCAAACCCAGAAAAAUUGAACCUGGGAAUUGCAAGAAAAAAGGUGUUGAAAGCUUUGAUUGUGACAAAGAAAGGGCAAUUUAUGAAGCUAUGGUGAAAUUGAAAGGGGUUAAUUUGGUUGUUUUUAGGGUUUUGUUGUGUGGGGUAAGUGAUGGAAGUGUUGAUCAUCUAGGUUUGUUGAAUUCUUCUGAAUUGGAGGGAUUUGAUUUGGGGUUUGGUGGAAAUUUGAUGGUUAAGGAGAUUGAAGAGGUGAAUGUUACAGUGAAAGAGGUUGAAGAUGGUUUGAUUGAAGGUAGAAAGAGCAGUAACUCUAAAUUAGCAGCAGAAGAAUUGAAGAACAAAUUGGGUGAACUUGAGAAUUUACUGGAAAUGGUGAAUAAAGAGGUUAAUUGCUUAUUCUCUGAGGUUUUGGCUAGGAGAAGUGAGUUAAUCAAUUGUCUUAGGCUUUGUAAAAGUAACAAUUAG